UCCCCUCCCUCUGCCCACCUUCAGGUCCCAGCUGUGCCAGGUGCGAUGAACGCUGGCUGCAGGGCUGACAAUGGAGGGCUGUGAUUUGCCUGUCAUCCUGGGGAAGGACCAUGGGGGUGCUGUCCCUCAGCACCAGCAGUGGACUGAAUUUGGUAGUGCUCACCAUCUGCCCACCACACCUGGUAAUAUGGAGCCCUCGGCAGCAGAGAACCUAGGCAAACAGCAGGCUCCCUUCUGUGAGCACUCACCCGAAAGUGCCACCACCGCCUCUGCUUCCAGCAUUGAGCCCAGCAGCAAGGAGGUCAGCUGUAAUGAAUGUGCAGCCUCCUUUGCCAGUUUACAGACCUACAUGGAGCACCCCUGCCCCAGUGCCCAUCCUCUCCUCCCUCUGCAAGAGGACUGUGGGAGUGACACUGGCGAGGAGGAGAGUGACAUUGAGAAUUUGGCAGGAGAGAUCGUCUACCAGCCGGAUGGCUCAGCAUACAUUGUGGAAAGCCUCAGUCAGCUGGGCCAAGGUGGUGGGGUCUGCGGGGCUGGCAGCGGUAGCGGGGUGCUCCCGCCACUGUUGGUGAACUCUCUCCCCGGCACGGGAGCCAAGCCAGGGGAGGCCACUGCAGUUGCGCCACAGGUCUAUCCGCAGAUCAUCAACACUUUCCACAUCGCCGCCUCUUUUGGGAAGUGGUUUGAGGGCCCAGAUCAGGCCUUUCCUGGCACCUCUGCCCUGGUGGGGGUCAGCCCCGUCCUGCACAGUUUCCGGGUCUUUGACGUGCGCCACAGAAGCAACAAGGAUUACCUGAACAGCGAUGGUUCUGCCAAAAGUUCCUGCGUAUCCAAAGAUGUUCCCAACAAUGUGGACAUGUCCAAAUUUGAUAGCUUUGUACUCUACGGGAAGAGGAAGCCCAUCCUGAUGUGUUUCUUGUGCAAGCUCUCCUUUGGCUAUGUCCGCUCAUUUGUGACCCACGCGGUGCAUGAUCAUCGGAUAACUUUGAGCGAGGAGGAGCGGAAAAUUCUUAGCAAUAAGAACAUCUCCGCAAUCAUCCAAGGGAUAGGCAAAGACAAGGAGCCCCUUGUAAGCUUUCUGGAACCAAAAACCAAAAACUUUUCACACCCUUUAGUUUCCACAGCUGACCUCAUAAGCCCUGGACACAGUUUCUAUGGCAAAUUCAGUGGGAUUUGUGUGGAAGGGGAGGAGGGUGCCCCGGCUGGGGCUUCCAGUGCAAGUGAACAGCCCCAGCCAGACCUCUUAGCCCCUGGGGGCCUCUUAAACCUUGGUGGGCUGACGAGCUCAGCUCUGAAGACCCCAAUUACCUCAGUUCCCCUGGCCCCACCCACUUCCAGCCCUGCUGCCUCCUCUGAAGGGAAGGGCCCCGGGGGGGCGGGGGGUGACACACAAGAGCGGGCUGUGCAGGAGAAGGUGGAAUCAGCUGGGGAAGAGGAGGAGGGGGAGGGGGAGGAGGAGGAGGAGGAGGGUGGCAGGGGUGGCCAAGGGCUGUUCCCAUGCAGGCUGGAGGGUGACCUGGAGGAAAGGCUUCCUGCAGAGCCCGGGGCGGUGGCAAGCAGUGGCAACAGCCCAAAGGAUCUUGCUCUCUCAAACCAAAGCAUCUCUCCCUUAAUGCCUAACGUGCUUCAGUCGGUGUCGCGGAGCACCGCUUCUUCUAGUUCUCAUUCUGCUUCUUCCUUUGUCUUUGAUGGUGCAAACAGGAGGAAUUGUUUAAGCUUUAACAGUGACGGUAGUGAGGGCAGCCAGAGGCUGGACUUCGGUGACGAAAGUGCCAAUAGAGACGAUGCUCCGGUCCCAGAGCCAAAUGAGAGUCUCGGGGAGGACGGGACCUGCGCCUCCCACCACCCACACGGGGGGCCCCUCUGCGAGCUUGGGGGUGGGGAGUGCCCUUCGGGGAGCGGUGUGGAGUGCCCCAAGUGUGACACUGUCCUGGGGUCCUCGCGCUCCCUGGGUGGCCACAUGACCAUGAUGCACUCGCGGAACUCCUGCAAGACGCUCAAGUGUCCCAAGUGUAACUGGCACUACAAGUACCAGCAGACGCUGGAGGCUCACAUGAAGGAGAAGCACCCGGAGCCGGGGGGGGCCUGUUCCUACUGCAAAACCGGGCAGCUGCACCCUCGGCUCGCUCGGGGCGAGAGCUACACCUGUGGUUACAAGCCUUUCCGCUGCGAGGUGUGUAACUACUCCACUACGACCAAAGGCAACCUCAGUAUUCACAUGCAGUCGGACAAGCAUCUCAACAACAUGCAGAACCUGCAGAACGGAGGCGGGGAGCAAGCGUUCAGCCACGCCGCGGGGGCGGUGGCCGUGGCCACGGCUGCUGCUGCCAGCAUUGGGAGCGGCUGUGGGGCCCCCUCCCCCACCAAACCAAAAAGUAAACCAACCUGGCGAUGCGAGGUGUGUGACUACGAGACCAACGUCGCCAGGAACCUCCGCAUCCACAUGACCAGCGAGAAGCACAUGCACAACAUGAUGCUGCUCCAGCAGAACAUGAGCCAGGUGCAGCACGGCCGUCACCUGGGCCUGGGUGGCCUGCCAGCCGAGGCGGAGCUCUACCAGUUCUACUUGGCCCAGAACCUGAAGGUGGAUGGUGGCCCUGCCUCCGAGGCACAGUUCCUGAUGGGCGGCAGUUUCCAGGGGGACCCCGCCAACGUGGUCGCCUCCGUGGCCCCGUCGCUAGUGGGUGGAGAGAUCCCCCUGGACCCACGGCUCGGGGGUGGGCAGCUGGUGUCCGAGGAGCUAAUGAACCUGGGGGAGACCUUCGCCCAGACCAGCGACCCCUCGCUGAAGCUCUUCCAGUGUGCUGUGUGCAACAAGUUCACCACCGACACCCUGGACCUUCUGGGGCUGCACAUGAACGCGGAGCGUGGCCUGCCCGAGGAGGAGUGGAAGGUGGUGAUGGGGGAUGCUUACCAAUGCCAGCUGUGCCACUACAACACGCAGCUCAAGGCAAACUUCCAGCUCCACUGCAAGACCGACAAGCAUGUGCAGAAGUACCAGCUGGUGGCCCACAUCAAGGAGGGAGGGAAGGCCAACGAGUGGCGCCUCAAGUGCGUGGCGAUCGGGAACCCCGUGCAUUUAAAGUGCAACGCCUGUGACUAUUACACCAACAGCCUGGAGAAGCUGCGCCUUCACACCGGGAACUCCAGGCACGAGGCGAGCCUGAAGCUGUACAAGCACCUUCAGUACCAUGAGAGUGGAGUGGAGGGGGAAGGUUGUUUUUACCAUUGUGUCCUCUGCAACUACUCCACCAAGGCCAAGCUAAAUCUCAUUCAGCACGUUCGUUCCAUGAAGCAUCAGCGGAGUGAGAGUUUGCGGAAGUUGCAGCGCUUGCAGAAGAACCUUCCUGAGGAAGAGGAGGACCUGGGCCAGAUCUUCACCAUCCAGAAAUGCCCCACGACUGACACUGAGGAGCUUGCUGGCGAUGCGGAAGGGCCUGGUGAGGCAGCAGCGCACCCAGAGGAACCGGCCAAGGAGACGGAGAGCGUGGCUGACCCGGACCAGGUCAAGUGGGCAGCUCAAGGUCCCCAGGCUGAGAAGGAGCUGGCAGACCCCCCACUCUCCUCCAAACAUGCUUCAUUUUCAAGACACUCAGAGUCACCUGUCCCCAAAUGGCCAACGUCAUCUGACGAGGCAAAGCUGGAGCAGAUGUACCAGUGCCCAUACUGCAAGUACAGCAAUGCUGAUGUCAACCGGCUGCGGGUACACGCCAUGACCCAGCACUCCAUCCAGCCAAUGCUCCGGUGCCCCCUCUGCCAGGACCUGCUCAGCAACAAGCUCCAUCUUCAGCUCCACCUCACCCACCUGCACAGCGUGUCUCCUGACUGCGUGGAAAAACUCCUCUUGACGGUGACCACGCCAGAGGUGAUGAUGCCCAGCAACACGUUCCUCCCGGCAGCAACACCGGAUCGAGAUGGGAGUGAGGAAUCCCUCAGGCAGCCUGAGACCUCAGAGGAAGUGGGCAAAAGCCUGCUGUUGUUGCCAGAGAGCAUGGAGCAUGGUGGCAGCGGAGGAAAGCCGGCGGCGUCCGAGCCGCUUGGUGCCAAAGACGAGGCUGGAUUCUUUUGCUGGAAGAAGGGGUGCGGCCAGGGCUUCAAGAGUUCCACUGCGCUCCAGGCACAUUUCAGCGAGACUCAUGCCAAGCGUCCACAGCUUCCUGUUUCUGACCGCCACGUCUACAAGUACCGCUGCAACCAGUGCAGUCUGGCCUUCAAAACCAUCGAAAAGCUUCAGCUGCACUCCCAAUACCACGUCAUCCGGGCAGCUACCAUGUGCUGCCUUUGCCAACGGAGCUUCCGGACUUUUCAGGCCCUUAAGAAGCACCUGGAGACGAGCCACCUGGAUCUGAGUGAAGCCGACAUCCAGCAGCUGUACAGCGGGCUUCUGGUCAAUGGGGAUCUCUUUGCCAUGGGCGACCCUUCGUUGGCUGAGGACCACACCCUCGUCGUGGAGGAGGAUAAAGAGGAGGAGACCAGCGACCAGGAAGACAAGCAGAGCCCUGCAGGGAGUGACUCUGGGUCCGUACAGGAGGAUUCUGGCUCAGAACCCAAACGGGCUCUUCCCUUCCGCAAGGGCCCAAACUUCACCCUGGAAAAAUUCCUGGACCCCUCCCGCCCGUAUAAGUGCACAGUUUGCAAAGAAUCCUUCACGCAGAAGAACAUCCUUCUGGUCCACUACAAUUCGGUUUCUCACCUGCACAAGCUGAAACGGGCCCUCCAGGAGUCUUCCACUGGCCAGUCCGAGCCCACCAGUAGCCCUGACCACAAGCCCUUCAAAUGCAGCAUCUGCAGCGUGGCCUAUAGCCAGAGCUCCACCCUGGAGAUCCACAUGCGCUCUGUCCUGCAUCAGACCAAGGCACGAGCAGCUAAGCUGGAGGCUGUUGGUGGCGGCAGUGCCAAUAGCAGCGUUCCCCUGGGCUCUUCCAUGCCCAGCCCCGUGGGCGUCUGCACCAGCGGCAGCAGCAGCACCAGCCUUUCCUCCUCCUCCUCCUCCUCCUCCUCCUCCUCCUCCUCCUCCUCCAACACAAGCACAGGCAGUGCAGCCUCUCUCAGCCAGGCCUCCUGCGAGAGCACAGGGCACCCUCCUCUGAGCCUCCCCACCAGUGCUGGCCCCGCAUCUGCAGCCCCUUCAAGCCCUUCAGAAUCUAAAGAGGCCAGUCGUAAGAAGCCGGGAGACGCAAUUGCUGGGCGCCCGCUGCCGCCGCCGCCACCACACUCUUUGGUGCAGGCCCAGGCCCAGCUGCAGCAAGAGCUGCAGCAGCAGGCGGUGCUUCUGCAGUCCCAGCUUUUCGGCCCAGCGCUCUUGCCGCACUUCCCAAUGGCCCCGGAAGCCCUCCUGCAACUGCAGCAGCAGCAGCAGCAGCAGCAGCAGCAGCAGCAGCAGCAGCAGCAGCAGCAGAAUAAAAGGCCGCGGACACGCAUCACUGAUGACCAGCUCCGGGUCUUAAGGCAGUACUUCGACAUCAACAAUUCUCCAAGCGAGGAGCAGAUCAAGGAGAUGGCGGACAAGUCUGGCUUGCCCCAGAAGGUGAUCAAGCAUUGGUUCCGAAACACGCUUUUCAAAGAGCGCCAACGCAACAAGGACUCGCCGUACAACUUCAGCAACCCUCCGAUUACCAGCCUGGAGGACCUGAAGGUAGAUUCUCGGCCCCCCUCUCCAGAGCCUCAGAAGCAAGAGUACUGGGGAAGCAAGAGGUCCUCCCGAACUCGCUUUACUGACUACCAGCUUCGGGUGCUGCAGGACUUCUUCGAUGCCAAUGCUUAUCCAAAGGAUGACGAGUUUGAACAGCUUUCCAACUUGCUGAGCCUCCCAACUCGUGUGAUCGUGGUGUGGUUUCAGAACGCUCGCCAGAAAGCCAGGAAGAAUUACGAGAAUCAGGGAGAAGGCAAAGACGGGGAACGACGGGAGCUGACGAAUGACCGAUACAUCCGAACGAGCAGUCUAAACUACCAGUGCAAGAAGUGCAGCCUCGUCUUCCAGCGCAUCUUUGACCUUAUCAAGCAUCAGAAAAAGCUCUGCUACAAGGAUGAAGACGAAGAUGGGCAGGAGGACAGUCAGAACGAAGACUCCAUGGAUGCUACAGAGCUCCUGACUCCCAACAGUUCCUCCUGCAGCACCCCAAUGCCUUCCCAGGCUUAUGGCACCCCCACCUCUUCUGCAAAUGCAGCCUUUCUGUCACCGAUUAUGCCCGAGGCAGAUAGUGAUUGCUCUACUGCCUGUCAAUCUAAAACAAAUGCUACUGACGAGAAACCAAAGCACCCUGAACCUUCAAGUAUGCAACAAAACCAAACUUCAGAGAAGCAAACGCAACCAAAGCAGGAUGGGCCGCCGCCACCGCAGGACCAAGGAGAGCCAAAGCCGAGCUCGGUGCACCCAAAGGUCUCCCCGCCCGUCCAGCAGCAGCAGCUGGUCCAGCCUCUCCAGGGUGGCCUGCCACAGUCGAGCCCAUCUCCCUCCCAGCUUUCUCACCUGCCUCUCAAGCCUCUUCAUGCGCCGGGUCCCCAGCAGCCGGCCAACUUGCCUCCUCAGCUUGUUCCGUAUCAGUGUGACCAGUGCAAGCUGGCCUUCCCUUCCUUUGAGCAUUGGCAAGAACAUCAGCAGCUGCAUUUCCUGAGCACUCAGAGCCAGUUUCUCCAUCCUCAGUUCCUGGAUAGGACGUUUGAUCUGCCCUUUAUGCUCUUUGACCCCAGUAACCCCCUGCUGGCUAGCCAGCUGUUAUCUGGGACACUCCCCCAACUGCCCAUAAGCUCAGCCACCUCACCCUCCACCCCGAUCUCCACCACGAGCACCCUGAAGAGGAAGCUGGAGGAGAAAGCCGGCGUGAGCCCUGUCGGGAACGACAGUGGAGAGGAGCCCCAGCGGGACAAGCGCCUCCGGACAACCAUCACCCCUGAGCAGCUGGAAGUUCUAUACCAGAAGUACCUUCUAGACUCUAACCCCACGCGGAAGAUGCUCGAUCACAUUGCCCAUGAAGUGGGCUUGAAGAAACGUGUGGUGCAGGUUUGGUUCCAGAACACACGGGCCCGGGAAAGGAAAGGGCAGUUCAGAGCAGUGGGGCCUGCUCAAGCCCAUCGGCGUUGCCCUUUCUGCCGGGCCCUCUUCAAAGCCAAGACCGCCCUGGAAGCACAUAUCCGCUCUCGGCACUGGCAUGAAGCCAAGCGGGCAGGAUACAACCUGACCUUAUCAGCCAUGCUUUUGGAUUGCGAAGGAGGAGGGCUUAUGGGGAAGGGAGACCUCUUUGACGGGGCCAGCUUCGCACACCUGCCUGCCCCUGGCAGUAGCAGUGAUGGCCAGGGCAUUCCCCUCUCCCCCGUGAGCAAAUCUUUAGAGCUGUCUCCUCAGACACUGCUGAGCCCGUCCUCCAUCAAAGUGGAAGGCAUUGAAGACUUUGAGAGCCCUUCGAUGUCCUCUGUCCAUCUGAGCUUUGACCAGGCCAAGCUGGACAAUGACGACUGCUCCUCCGUCAACACAGCCAUCACAGACACCACGACCGGGGAUGAGGGCAAUGCAGAUAACGACAGUGCCACGGGGGUGUCCACAGAAGGCAGAUGUACCUCGGGGCCAAGUGAGGGUCUCACCAAGGCUGCCAUGUUAGCCAUGUCGGAAUACGAAGACCGGCUCUCUUCAGGCCUGGUGAGCCCAGCGCCCAGCUUCUACAGCAAGGAGUGUGACAACGAAGGCACCGUGGAUUACAGUGAGACAUCGAGCCUGGCGGACCCCUGCUCUCCUAGUCCAGGCACAAGCAGCUCAGCGGGCAAAUCCGGGGAUGGUGGGGAUCGGCCGGGGCAGAAGCGCUUCCGCACGCAGAUGACCAACCUCCAGCUGAAAGUCCUGAAGACCUGCUUUAGCGAUUACAGGACCCCAACCAUGUUGGAGUGCGAGGUUCUGGGCAACGAUAUCGGGCUCCCCAAGAGAGUUGUUCAGGUCUGGUUCCAGAACGCCCGAGCCAAAGAGAAGAAAUCCAAGCUCAACAUGGCCAAGCACUUCGGCAUUAAUCAAGCUGGCUACGAGGGGCCAAAAACAGAGUGCACCUUGUGCGGCAUCAAGUACAGUGCCCGCCUGUCUGUUCGUGACCAUAUCUUCUCUCAGCAGCACAUCUCCAAAGUGAAAGAGACCAUUGGGAGCCAGCUGGACAAAGAGAAGGAGUACUUUGACCCAGCCACCGUCCGCCAGCUGAUGGCUCAGCAAGAGCUGGACCGAAUCAAGAAGGCCAAUGAAGUCCUUGGCUUGGCCGCUCAGCAGCAAGGCGUGUUUGACAGUCCCCCUCUGCAGGCUUUGAACAUUCCUGCCAGCUACCCCGCAGCCCUUCAGAGCAUCCCUCCUGUCCUGUUGCCAGGCUUGAACAGCCCAUCGCUGCCCGGCUUCACUCCUUCCAAUACAGCUUUAACAUCUCCCAAGCCCAGCCUGAUGGGUCUCCCGGGCACAAGCAUCCCCUCGCCUGGCCUCCCCACCUCGGGAUCACCAAAUAAGACGCCGCCAGCCUCCUUGAGCUCCCCCCCGCCAGCACAAACGUCAGUGGCCGUGGUCUCCGCGCCCCCGCUCCUGCCGCGGAAGGACAAGGAGGGCGAGAAGGUGAAGGAGAAGGACCGCACACCCAAGGGGAAGGGGGAGGCCCUGCCGGGGUCCAAGAAGGACAAAGGGGAGGCGCCCGCCCCCGGCCUGGCCCUCUCCGCCAUGCUGCCUGCCCUGGAGUACUCUGUGGAGCCCACCCAGCUCCAGGCCCUGCAGGCGGCUCUCAACUCGGACCCCGCGGCCUUGCUGACGAGCCCGUUCCUCCCGUACUUCGUCCCCGGCUUCUCUCCGUACUACGCCCCCCAGCUCCCGGGGGCCCUGCCGAGCGGAUACCUGCAGCCCAUGUACGGCAUGGAAGGCCUCUUCCCCUACAGCCCGGCCCUCUCGCAGGCCCUGCUCAGCUUGUCCCCGGGCGCCCUGUUGCACUGUGGCUUAUGGAGGCUUUGUGCGAGGCUUCAGAAGAGCAACAGCGACAUCUGUGUGUUCCGCAGCGCUGCUGACACGCGCGUCUGGAAGAAGCCGGCGGCUGCCUUUGCCCGGCCCGGCGCCUCUUCCCUGAAGCCCUCCAGCGAGCGGGCGCUUUGUUCCACACCCCUCGUGUCCUUCGGAGGGCCCGGCCGCGGGGCAGGGGCCAUUCUGCUCCUCCGAGCCUCGGGAGCCGAAGGUGGGGCAGAGCUCUCGGCGUCGGCCCGAGCGGGCGAGGGUCCCGUCCCGUCCCGUCGCGUCGCCUCCCCUCCCCUCCCUGCUCAGCUCUCCGUCGCCCGGCAGCUUGCCUGA